UUCUCAAAGAAAGAAAAGAAUCCUCACCUCCUUUACCCGCACGCCACCCACCCAUACACACACACACCCUCUAAACAAAAUCACAAAUUUUCAUAUCCUUCUUUUUACUCAUUAAAAUUAACUUUGUAAGAAAAUACAGUAAUAAUUAUAACAAUAUGUCUUCUCCAAGCAAACGCAGGGAAAUGGAUUUGAUGAAGCUGAUGAUGGGUGAUUAUAAAGUAGAGAUGAUGAAUGAUGGUAUGCAAGAAUUUUAUGUCCAGUUUCACGGACCUAAAGACAGCCCAUAUCAUGGAGGUGUUUGGAGAAUACGGGUGGAGCUGCCCGACGCUUAUCCAUAUAAAUCUCCGUCAAUUGGAUUUAUCAACAAAAUCUAUCAUCCAAAUGUCGAUGAAACGUCAGGAUCGGUUUGCUUAGAUGUUAUUAACCAGACAUGGAGUCCAAUGUUCGAUCUUGUUAACGUGUUUGAAGUUUUUCUUCCACAACUUCUUUUAUAUCCAAACCCAUCCGAUCCUUUAAAUGGAGAUGCUGCUGCACUGAUGAUGCGAGAUAAAACUGCAUAUGAGCAAAAAGUUAAAGAGUACUGUGAAAGAUAUGCAAAGCCAGAAGAUGCUGGGGUUGUACCUGAAGAAAAGUCUAGUGAUGAGGAACUGAGUGAAGCUGAAUACGCUUCUAGCGAUGACGAAGUGGCCGGAAAAGCCGACCCUUGAGUGUGCUCGUAUUAAUGUCCGUAUGUACAUCAUAACUAGACUGUUAAGUAAAAACAUUUAGCCUUUCUUAUAGGGCCAUUUGCUUCAAUAAUUAUUGUAAAGACUUGUUUCAUUUGUAACCUUUGUUGUUUAUAUUUGAUUUAAUUCUAAAGUUUGGUGUUAAA